AUGAUUCGUAACGUUGAUAAGCCGGCACAAGUGUUAUCGGGACACGAAUCAUUCAAUAAGGAUGUUAGAGAUUACUUACAGACGUCAACGCUUCACGGUCUUCGAUACAUCGGCGAAAGAAAGCUGACGUGGUUUGAAAGAUGUUUCUGGUUGGCAGCGUUCUGUUGUUCAGUAAUAUGUGCGGCGUUCUUCAUUCUAAAUGUGUACCGCAAAUGGCGUUCGUCACCCAUGAUCGUAAGCAUCAACCCUGAGAACAUGCACCUACAGGAUCUACCCUUCCCGGCUCUCACCGUGUGCAAUGUCAACCAAGCCAAGAAGUCGGUAGCCGAACGGUACAUUAACACCGGGAGUUCUUUGGAUAAAAAACUAUUGAACAGUUUAUGCGCCACCCAAAGAGAUGCAGAUAUAUUUGAAGAUGACAUCGCUGAAAGUGCCAAUUGGGACUACACCAGAUCAUUUCUUAUCAAUGUGACACAGCCAUGUAACGAAAUGCUAGCGAUGUGUCUAUGGGAUUCACGUAGCAUGAACUGUCAGGACCUGUUCAACGCUCAACUCACAGACGAGGGUCUAUGCUGCACCUUUAAUGUCGUGCAUAGAGAUAACAUGUUUAGAAAUCCUAGAGACCUAAACGAUUUAAACUUGACAUUUCCAUCGCCGUCAGUUGAUUGGACUCCGGAAGGCGGCUACCCGGCUGACGCACCACCGGAUGGGUUCCCUUGGAAGCCUAAAGGGAUAGGCACCAAUCACGGCUUAACUCUAGUCUUGGACGCAAACAUCGCUGAGUAUUACUGCGCAUCCACAAAGAGUAUGGGCUUCAAGAUACUUCUACACAACCCGACAGAAACUCCAAACAUUGCAAAAAUAGGAGAAAUCUAUGGGCCGGGAAUAGAAGCGCGGGUUGCUAUACAACCGAGGAUUUUAGACGCGCAACCUUCGUUAAAAGACAUCGAUGUUAAGAAAAGACUUUGUUUAUUCUCAAGCGAGAAGGAAUUAGUGUUUUACAGAACUUACACUUUACGGAACUGCGAGAUGGAAUGCGAAGCCAGGGCCAUGUUGGAUAGAUGCAAGUGUGUCCUUUAUAAUAUGCCUAAUAGCGAGACGACGUGCGACGAGUGCCUGCCCGCCUGCAACGAAAUUUCUUAUUUCGAGCGACUUAGCACCGCGCCUCUCAACAAGGCUCUUAUUGGUCAAUACUCUACAAUAUUAUUGAACAGGACACCAGAUUACUUCACAGAAAACAUGCUAUUAGUUCACUUUUAUUUUGAAGACAAUACAUUUAUGAGGUUUACAAAAGGAGAAAUAUUUGGUCUCACGGAAUUUCUGUCCAAUACUGGAGGUUUACUGGGCUUAUGCAUGGGUUUCAGUAUAAUGAGUGUUGUGGAACUACUGUACUUUUUAACUCUAAGAGCUUUCUGUAUGGCAAGACGAAGAAAACCAACGCAUCCUUUCUUAAAAUAAACACUAUUUUUGAGUUCAAUUUUGAUGCGACAUGUAUAAGCUGAAAAAGCGCCUGUCAUAUGUUUUAUGCAAAAAGUCACAAAAUUUUAUUUGCUGUUUAAGUCCAACCCGUUGUCAUAAAUUAGCGAUGCGAUUUUCUCAGCAAUCUAGGCAGAAAUACACAAAGAAUAAAUAAUUUUCUCGUCGCCAAGCAUUGGCAUCAUCUAAGACAAAAAUGUACUAUUUA